AUCUUAGCAAACCCAUUUUUAGGUACUCCAUUGAUUGAACGGUAUUCCUCCAUAAUAGUACAAAAGUUUUCUAUUUUGCUUUUCUUAUCUCAAUCACACAAGACAACUACAUAAACACACCAAACCCAUCUCUUCUCCGAUCAUCACAAUCUCUAAACCUCAAAUCCUAAAAUAAAUUAAAAGGAAUCUACGUUGAAGGAGAGAACAGAGAAGAAUGGGUCGCCAAAACGUUUUCGUAGUGUUUGGCCUCGUGUUCUUGGCCGUUCUUGGCCUCGCCGCAGCUGCCUCCUCUCCAUCUCCUUCAUCGUCACCCUCCAAAGCUCCUUCUACUCCCACAACCGAUGUCGAAGCUCCAGUGUCCGAGGACACCAUUGGAACCACCGACGACGAUGCAGCUGCUUCUCCUGGUGAUGGUGACGUGGCUGUGGCUGGUCCUCUAGGAAGUGACUCCUCAUACGGUAGUAUUGCACCUUCAGGCCCAGCUGCUGACAGCGGUGCGGCGGCUCUUGGUGUCUCUGCGGUCGUCGUUGGUGUUACAUCCAUCGCCGGUUCUUUCUUGUUUCUCUGAGUUGUGUAGUAUCAUGAGAGAGAUAAGAUUACAUUGACUGGAGACUAUUUAUAUAUAUAUGGAUGAUUGUGAUGACUAUGUUGUAAUUUGUUUCCCCCUUUGUUAUGAGAAACGUUGUCUUUGUAAUAAAACUGAAAAAAUAAAACGAAACUUCCCAUUAA